CUGUAGCACCCAAGUCUCCCUUUUUGCAGCUGAGCCUCACUGAAGAUUCCGGCGUGGAGAGUUGCCUCCGCUCCCCCAGGCGUGGGAAAGCCAGCCCGGCUCCGUUUGUUUGUGCAAAGCAGCUGGAGGGGUGGGACGGGCCCACGCAGGACGGCAGGCAAGGAAAUGCUCCGGCCGCCCGGAGUUACAGCCUCCUUCCUUAAGCGACAACUUUUUGAGCAAACCGCUGCAGACGAGGAAGUGCCCGUGGGGGAGGGCUUUGUCCCAGAGAAGAGAGGAGGAAGGAACGGAGGCAGAGGGGGAGGGAAAAGAGCAUUUGUGUGCGCUGCUUUGCCUUGGGGCUGCUGCACCUCUGCACCCGGAGAGGAGAGCCCAAGGAAUCCUCCUUCUGGCCAGCUCUGCUGAGAAGCAACAGUUCAGCCGCCGAGAUCUGGGGCUGUCUUGGCUAGGCCGGACAUGAGGGUGCGGCUGGCCAGGCGCUGGUCCUGGCUUGGCAGAGCAUGCCUUUUCCUGGCGCUCUUGACGGCUGCUGCUUUCAUGCUGGAGCUGUCCAUCUCUGGCUUCCAGGAGACGUCCUCUGGGAGCGGUGUCACCCGCCGGCGGUGGGAGAGACGCUUCUCAGGCCAGGCCGAAAACCCCGAGGAGCUGGCCCGACCCCUCUAUGAGAAAUCUUCCUCGGAUUCCUACGGCUUAGGCGAGUGGGGCAAGCCGGCCCACCUGCAGCUGGGCCCCGAGGAGAAGAAGCUAGAAGAGGAGCUGAUCGAGAAAUACGCCAUCAACAUCUACCUGAGCGACAAAAUCUCUCUGCAUCGCCACAUCCAAGACAGCCGGAUGCCAGAGUGCAGGGCCAAGGCCUACGACUAUCGCAAGCUGCCCACCACGUCGGUCGUCAUCGCGUUCUACAACGAGGCCUGGUCCACGCUGCUGCGGACCAUCCACAGCGUGUUGGAGACUUCGCCCGCCAUCCUGCUGAAGGAAAUCAUACUGGUGGACGAUUUGAGCGACAAGGCCUACCUCAAGGGGGAGUUGGAGCGGUACAUCAGCGACCUGGAGAGGGUCCGUUUGAUAAGAACCAACAAGCGGGAAGGGCUGGUUCGGGCCCGCCUGGUCGGGGCUACCUACGCCACGGGGGACGUUCUCACCUUUCUGGACUGCCACUGCGAAUGCGUUCCUGGGUGGCUGGAGCCGCUUCUGCAACGGAUCUCUGAGAACAAGAGUGUGAUCAUUUGUCCGGUUAUUGACACCAUUGAUUGGAAUACAUUCGAGUUUUAUAUGCAGUCUGGGGAGCCGAUGAUUGGGGGGUUUGACUGGCGGCUGACGUUUCAGUGGCACUCCGUGCCGGAGUAUGAGCGGCAAAGGCGGAAAUCCAGAAUCGAUCCAAUAAGGUCCCCUACAAUGGCCGGGGGAUUGUUUGCAGUGAGCAAAGAGUAUUUCGAGUAUUUGGGCACGUAUGAUAUGGGCAUGGAUGUCUGGGGAGGAGAGAAUUUGGAACUCUCUUUUCGGGUAUGGCAGUGCGGAGGCAUCUUAGAGAUCCAUCCUUGUUCUCAUGUGGGCCAUGUGUUUCCUAAGCGGGCGCCAUACGCCAGGCCAAACUUCCUCCAAAACACCGCCCGUGCUGCCGAGGUGUGGAUGGACGGCUAUAAGGAACAUUUCUACAACAGAAAUCCUCCGGCGCGGAAGGAAAACUACGGAGACCUUUCCGAGAGGAAACUCCUGAGGGAGCGCUUGAAGUGCAAAAACUUCGAUUGGUAUUUGGAGACGAUAUUUCCUCAUCUGCACGUGCCAGAGGAUCGGCCGGCCUGGCACGGCGCCAUCCGCAGCAUGGGCAUUUCCUCGGAAUGUCUAGACUACAACUCACCUGAGCACAAUCCGACCGGGGCCCACCUUUCCCUCUUCGGCUGCCACGGCCAAGGAGGUAACCAGUUCUUCGAAUACACUUCCAACAAAGAAAUACGGUUUAACUCCGUGACGGAACUCUGCGCUGAAGUUCAAGAGCCGAACGACUUUGUGGGCAUGAGAAACUGCCCCAAAGACGGAGCUGCAAUCCCAGACAGCAUCGUAUGGCAUUUUAAAGAGGACGGGACGAUUUAUCACCCUCGCUCGGGAAAAUGCCUCAGCGCCUAUCGCACUCCGGAAGGAAAACCGGACGUGCAAAUGAGGACCUGUAAUUCGGCAGAUAAAAAUCAUGUGUGGCGGUUUGAGAAAUAGAAAGGCCUGCAAACCAGGAAUCCUUCCUCAUGAAGGAUUUACAUCCCCACAGACAUGGGUUUUAGGCCUGGUCAGAUCUAAAACAACUUCAUACAUUGUUAAUUGGAAAACUGCUGUGAACUGGGAUUCUCCCCCCCUCCCGCCUUGUUAAAAAUAUUUUGGAACUUGCCAGUUUUAAGUGCCUGUUAUUCUAAAUUAAGGUGCUCCUUUGCAAUCUUAUUUGCCUUGUAGUGGGGGUGGAAGUUACACCGCCUCGGUUAAACUCAAUGUUUAUUAAUGUUAAGUGCAAAGAUGUCACCCGAAGGGGAACGAUUUCAAAUCCUGUCCGUUUGACAGAGCCACAGGAAACCUUUCCUAUUCUAAGGAAUAUUCAUGAUAUUUGGCUUUGUGAUGGUGUUUUUUCAGUGCUGACCUACAAAGAGACAUAUGACAGUUUGGGAAGAGUAUGAUUUUUAAAGAACUGGCUUAAUCGGCCUUACCUAAGCUCACUUUUCUGGUUUUUGUGACUUUGCGUUUGGCACAUCCUAGGUUUAUUUUACCUGCCAGUGACGUCCUGAAAGGGAAGGGCAUUUGUAGGUUAUUCGGAGUCACAGUAAGGCAGUUGUAGGAGAGAUGCACUAUAUGGUGGGGGAAAGAUCCUGAAAAACUCUUCUUCCUUGUACCAAAAACUUUUGACCUGAUAUUAAUUCAGGUAUUUUUUAAAAAGAAUGUCAGCAAUUGGUCAUUGUUCUCCUUAGGAAGUCUGCUGUAGCACUUGUUCAAAUAAUCUCUAGCAAAGCUGUC